AUGUCCACCCCAGUGUCUCCCUCCCCCUCGCUCUCCCCCCUGGCCCUAUCGAGCCCAGUGUCUCCCCCCUCCACCCCGUCCCCGCUGCCCUCCCCGCUCUCCCCUCCUGCCAGGGUGCCCGUCUUCCAGAGGAAGGGCGCCCUGAAACACAAGAGGAUUGUGGAGGUGAAGGAUCACCAGUUCACCGCCCGCUUCUUCAAGCAGCCCACGUUCUGCAGCCACUGUACCGACUUCAUCUGGGGCAUCGGGAAGCAGGGAUUUCAGUGUCAAGUGUGCAGUUUUGUGGUACAUAAGCGCUGUCAUGAGUUUGUCACGUUCACCUGCCCUGGAGCUGUCACCGGACCCAAAGCAGAGGAUGUGAAGAGCAAGCACAAGUUCAAGCUGACGACGUACUCCAGCCCCACCUUCUGUGACCACUGCGGCUCGCUGCUCUACGGACUCAUACACCAGGGCAUGAAGUGCUCCUGUUGCGAUAUGAACGUCCACAAGCGCUGUGAGAACAGUGUGCCCAGCCUGUGCGGCCAUGACCAUACGGAGAAGAGGGGCCGCAUCCACAUCAGCGCUCGCAUAGAGGGAGAGGACCUGUUUGUCACAAUACGAGAGGCUCGCAACCUUAUUCCCAUGGAUCCCAACGGGCUGUCUGACCCCUACGUGAAGCUCAAGCUGAUCCCCGACCCCAAGAGCCAAAGCAAGCAGAAAACCAAGACCAUCCGCUCCACCCUCAACCCCGUGUGGAGCGAGAACUUCACUUUCUCUGUCCGUGGUCGGCAAUGGGACCGCCGGCUGUCCAUUGAAGUGUGGGAUUGGGAUCGAACGUCUCGGAAUGACUUCAUGGGAGCGCUGUCGUUCGGAGUGAGUGAGAUUUUCCGACGAUCGGUAUGUGGCUGGUUCAAGCUGCUCAACCAGGAUGAAGGAGAAUACUAUAACAUCCCCGUUCCUGACCCAGACUUACAGGUGAAUCACACACCGCCCGUCCCCGUCCCCAUCUCCGUCUCCAUGCCCUCCAUCCCCUCCAUCCUGCCGUCCCCUCCUCCUCCCGCGGUCGUCUCGGUGGCCCCGUGCCCGUCGGUGCCCGCGCUCCCCGUGGUGGUGGGCAAGGCUGCCGGCAUCUCCCUGCAGGACUUCAACUUCCUCAUGGUGCUGGGCAAGGGCAGCUUUGGAAAGGUGCUGCUGGCGGAAGAGCGAGGCUCGGAGCGGCUGUAUGCGGUCAAGGUGCUGAAGAAGGAUGUGCUCUUCCAGGACGAGGACACGGAGAGCGCCCUGGUGGAGCGGAGGGUGCUGGCACUUACCGGCAGGCCACACUUCCUCACCGCACUCUACUGCGCCUUCCAAACCGAGGACCGUUUGUAUUAUGUGAUGGAGUAUGUGAACGGAGGGGACCUGAUGUUUCAUAUCCAGAUUGUGGGCAAGUUCAAGGAACCCCACGCUGCGUUUUACGCUGCAGAGAUAGCCGUGGGUCUCAUCUUCCUACACAGCAAAGGCAUCAUAUACAGAGACCUGAAGCUGGAUAACGUUCUGCUGGACAGCGAGGGCCACAUCAAGAUUGCCGACUUCGGAAUGUGCAGGGAGGGCAUGAUGGAGGGGGACACCACGCGCACUUUCUGCGGAACACCUGAUUACAUCGCCCCUGAGAUCGUGGCCUAUCAGCCCUAUGAUAAGGCAGUGGACUGGUGGUCCUUUGGAGUCUUGCUCUACGAGAUGCUUGCCGGACAGCCUCCUUUUGAUGGCAUUGAUGAAGAGGAGUUGUUUCAGUCCAUCAUGGAGCAGAGUGUCUCCUAUCCCAAGAGUCUCUCCCGGGAAGCCGUGUCUAUCUGCAAAGGGCUCCUGACUAAGCACCCUGGAAAGCGUCUGGGUAGUGGCGAGGAGUCCGACAGGGAGAUUCGGGAGCAUCCCUUCUUCCGCUGGAUUGAUUGGGACCGACUGGAGCGUCUCGAGGUCCAUCCGCCCUUCAAGCCUCGAACUGGUGGACGCAAAGGAGAAAACUUUGACAAGUUCUUCACGGCAACCUCCGCGACCCUGACCCCGUCUGACCCGGAUGUACUUGCCGUCAUGGACCAGGAAGACUUCCAAGGCUUCACUUACGUCAAUCCCGAGUUUCCCUCCUCACCUCUCACAGCUGUCUGA